UGCGGGCAAUAUCUGUUUAUAUGUGUAUCAAAAGGAAAGGGAAAGCAUCCUGUUUCUUUGGUUAAUAUUAACCUUGAUGUUCUUGCUGUUGCUGUAAACUACGUCGAUAUUCUCCCGCCAAAACCGGAUGUUAACCAUAAUCAUUCAACCCAUUUUUAUACAGGGGUGGUGCGCUAUACGUAGACUGCAGCCUUUAGCUUAUAGCGCUAAAAAACCGGGAGUAUGGCGCUGUAUUUUAAAGGCUAGGCUGGCCCUACCGCCUGAUUUUCGCCGUUCCUAGCUUCUAUCUUUGCGCUGUUCCCCGCCUGACAACCCCAAGUCUCCAUGAUGACCUCCAAUAAACCAAAAGAUGGCUUCUUCACCUUUUCCCAGGCUACAAAGAUAGAGAAGCUAGACUCCCACACGUACAGAGCUAAUCUUAAUGAGACGUUCUGUAUCGGCGCAGUUCCCAAUGGCGGCUACGCCGGCUCCUGCAUGCUCGCCGCGGCGCGCGCCCACCUCUCCUCGCGCAACCAACCCGACACGCUAACCGCACACUUCGAAUUCCCCGGCCGAACCGCCGUCGGCCCAGCCAUCAUCGUAAUCGACGACGUAAAGCUGAGCCGACAGCUGUCCACCGUGCACGUAACGCUGUGGCAAGGCGCGCUUCUGCCCAACGCGCCAUGGAUCACGCCCUCCGUCUCGCGCCGCGUCGUGCUCGCCUACGCGACCAACAUUAAUUUCGGCGCCUUCGCCGGCAUGUCGCUGCCCACGGGCUACGAAGGAACGCCGGCCGCGGCCCUCCCUCCCGUGCCGGACUUCGAGGCACUUAAGAGCAAGGGCGCGGACGGGACGUGGGAGGAGACCAAAGUGCCGGAAGCCGUCGCCGCGGUGCAGCGCUCGCUGCUGAACUGGCGGUUCUACGAGCCUUGUCAGGGGCCGUUAGCCCCGGGGGUGCUGGACAUGUGGAUCUGUUCGGCGAGCGGGGAGCGUGUCACGCAGGGCGCGCUGGCGUACGUGGUGGACUCGUUUCCGGUGAACCUGCACACGUUCCUAGCUGCGCCGGAGUUGCGGGCGCUGCUCGAGGCGUCGCAGAAGGGGUCGACGGAUGCUAAGGCGGAAGAGGUGCGUGAGAGGGACCAGCAGCGCGCGACCCUGUGGUUUCCUACGGUCGUCAUGAACCUCGAGGUGAAAAAGCUGUUGCCGGAGGAGGGCGCGGAGUGGUUGGCGGUGCGGGUUACUUCUAAGCAGAUCAGGGACGGGAAGUUUGACCUCGAGGUGCUGGUCAGAGAUGUGGAGGGCGAGAUAGUGGCGCUCAGUCACCACGUCGCUAUGAUCGUCAGCCUGGAAAGGAAUACGGGGAAGAAGGGUUCGCCCAAGCCGGCACUGUAAGAACUGGCUCUAGAUAAGGUGCAACCCCGUCUUUUUGGCCACUUGGUAUAGACGAAUUGCGAAUGGCCUUACAUUACAUCAAGGUGUGUGAAUGUAUUCAUUGUACUCAUAAAGGCUGUUCUUCAGGCUAGCCCUAGGGUUUUUACACCUUUCCAAUGACGCCAGUUUCUGCAAGCAGCCCCGCGAGCGUAAAUUGACCAAACCUUUCGUGUUUGUACUAAUCCAUUAUACCCCAUUUUUCCCUGAAUGUUUCGUACGAACAACACGUCUAUAAGUACCUGUAUAUAAUUGAAUGAUGAAUCCCAAGGAGUGACGAUAUCUGAUGAAAAGAUAGACAUCGAAGUGUUUAUUAGAGACGUAAUUGAUUGAGAAUGGAUCCACUUCGGUCUUGAGUGACAAGACAAUGAACGUUACGGUAUCAUUCAUUAUCAUAGUCAUGACUAUGAUUAGAUU